AUGCCGGAUGAACUACGUGACGACCCCCGCUCUUCGCCAUGCUGGAUUACGGGUAUCAACUCCUCAAGUAUUACCGAUAGAACGAAAUAUCAAAAGCACCUCAACGAGCAAAAUUACUUCCGCUUUACAGGUCUAGAUACCACACUUUUGACUCAAGUACUCAAAAACGCAAGAAAUUGUCGAGACAUCCGUCUCGAUGAUCAAGAUCGGCCUUGGGGGGCUGCCGCUAUUGCAAGGAACACCGGACUUUAUCCAUCUUCGAACGCAGAAAGCGAUUACAGCAAAGCUUACUUCCAAAGAGCUGUCCAUGUUGUUGUUGCUGCUAUGACUGCGAGCGAGGCUCCGAUCACGACCUUGGCAAUAAAUAACGGGAUCGAACGAUUACACGUAUACCCAAGCAUGCUCGCCUUUCCCGCAUCUCACCUAGAUCACGCACCAUGGGUCAACACAAUCACCACAUUGGAGCUCACUUUGGAUCCGGGCGACGACGUUGCACCACAGGCUUGGUCAAAGCCACUUGCAGACUUCAUCAUGCUCUUCCGGCAACUCGAAUGUCUUGACUUAUAUUUCGAUACUCGAGUGGAGCAACCAGCAUUCAGUGCCCUAAGUCAAACCUUAGAGCUACCACAUCUUCGGACCUUGAAGCUUGCUGGUGUGGAUUGUUUACCAGAAGAUUUACUAAGGAUUUUUAACAAACACCAAAGUACUCUUAGAGAAAUCUUUUUGGAAAUCAUUGGUAUCAGUACAAGCACUGGAGGCUCGUGGCAGUUAUUGCUAAGUGAAGUACGCGAUCGACUUCAGCUCACGAGAUUGAAUAUGACCCAAUGUGAUGUGAAUGGGGACGAUAUUUGUUUUGCAGAAGAUGAUGUUGAUCGUUCAAACAUAAUCGAUGUCAUUGGUCAAGACCCUCAAUUGCUAGAUCGUCUGAUCAAAGGCAUUAUGAAAGGGACUUCGGGAUGUGAAGAAAAGACAUCUGUUAUCAAGAUCGUUUAA